UCACUGUGAUAAUAUUAUAAUUAGAACUAUACCACCUAUAUUAAUAAUUAUUUUAAUAUUAAUUAGUACUUUAAUUUCUUUGUGUAAAUAAUUCUAAUAUUUUUUUCAGACGUAGCUUAUUAGUGUAUUUAAAUAACUGUGUAUAUAGUUACAUUGGAACCAUAUCAUGUGUGAAGAUGAAUGGUCAGAUAUUGAAAGACGAUUUGAAAAAGAAGGUAUUGACUAUAGUCGUCUGAAGACUGAAGAGAAAUUGAUUCAUGUUUGGAGAUGGUUAGUUGAUGCUGAUAUCAAUUUACAGAACGCAAGGAAAAUGAUUGAAAAACUUCGUUUAAAGCAAAAUGAAGAAUUGGAGGAUAUGGAAAAUUACAUGGUUCAUGUACGAGUACUUGCAGAUAAACGAAUUGAUGAUAUGGAAAAAACAAUGUCCAUUUUUGCAGAGCAAGUCGCACGGCUUGAAUGUGAAUUAAAUAGUUUAGAAUUGAUAGAUGGUGAUAAUGUUUGUGACAAGGUUUCAAAUUUGAUUCUUGGUUAUACAUCUCUUGUAAAUGAAGUAAAUGUAUUAAAAAAAUUUAGAAGUUUUGAUGCAAAUGGAAUAUGUAAAGAAUCUGAUGAUGUUUUAAUAAUUGAAAUGAUUAAAAUUUCUGCUGAAAAAGAAUCUUUAAAACGACAAGUUAAAGAAUUGGAAGAUCGAAUAAAUGUCUAUGAAAUGGCUAAAACAGAAUAUAAUACUCAACUGAUAUCUAUGGAGCUAUCAGAAAGUUCAAACAAAAUUGAUGGGAAAGAUUCUUUAUUGGAUAAUUCAAUAUCUUGGAACAGAAAUAUAACAAAUGAUGAUACAUCAAGUAUAAGCAUUCAAUUAUUUAGUGAUAGAACCAAGUCAGCUAAUAAUUUUUGUACUGAUUUUAACCAAGAAGAAAAGAGUGAUAAUCAAAAACAAAAUAUUAAUGAAAUAACAAGAACUUUUGGCCCAGAAUCAACACCACCAAGUCUUUUAUCUAGUGAAUUAGCGACUCCGCGACAAAUUUCUAUUUUAACAGAUGGGAUGUUGAAUAGCCAAUCAGAUGAACUAAAAAAAAUUAAAGCGGACUUGGAUGUGCAUAAAACUUUGGUGUCAUCUCUUGGAGAAAAAUAUAAUGCUCUGGCACUUAAACAUUUACAGUACAAAUCAAAAAGGAAAAUGCAAAUCGAAGCUUUAAAGGGUAAUUUAGAAGCUAGUCAGUGUCAAAUGGAGUCACUUAAGACACAAUUAAGUAUACAAAAACGCAGAUUAAAGACAGAAGAAGAGUUUCGCAAACAAGUAGAAACAGAUUAUAGAUUAUUACAAGAAGAAAAACGAAAUAUCGAUUUUCGAAUUGCAAUGUCAGAAAAUGAGUUACGAAAUAUGGCAAGACAUCUUAGUGUAUUACAUAAAAAAGUGGCUAUGUUAGAGAGUGCUAAUGCUGAUUUACUGUCAAAACAUUUACAACUAGUUUAUAAAAAUUCGCAUAUACCAAAAAGCACUACAUGUGAUUGCAUUUUAACUGCUAUGUCCGAUGACAAAUAAAACUAAAUGAAGAUAGCAUUUUCAUCUUAAAAUAAUUCUUUAAAUUUUUAAAUUUUUUGCAAGAAAUACAAA